AUGACCACAAUCGUCUGCUCGUCGCCCCCCGCGUGCACCGAUGCGCCAGUGGCGCUGUCCGCAGGCAGUCAGAGCGUUCGCGUGGGCGUAUCGAUCGACGCGGCAAAGGAUUCGCUGGGGACGGACUCGGACAGCCCCACGAGCUCUGCCGCUGAUUUACUGAGUCUCGGACGCGGUACAGACGUGCGUCUGGACGUGGGGAUUGACGAGGAACGGGACGACGACGACAAGGAGAAUGUCCGUGAACAAGUUGUGGGCGUGUCGCACGAGAGCUGUGCAGGCGCUGCAGUAGAGCCACGAUCUGGUAACAAGCGGAGACGCGUGUUUUUCGAGUGUGCAGACAUUGUCGAGUUUGAGCCGACGGUGUACACUACGAGCAUCACGUCGGGCGGCGUGCCCGUGGGGCUGUCCCUGAACGAGCGAUCUCGAUCUCGACGUCGAUUGGAUUCGUUUGAGAUGGAACGAGCAGACGAGCGUGUCGGACGGCAGAACUACAUGGAAGAGGGCUAUUUAGACCCGCAAGAGCGUGAGAUCAUUUUGAACAACGCAGGAUGCGAUGAGCCUGCGAUUGCUUCGGUCGAGGCUGAGGUGAACGCGAUUAUCCAGCAUCGACGCGAGUCGAAUGAGAUUGACUAUUCUUUUAUGUACGUCGUCGAGGACGAGGACGUUGAAGAUGAUGAGGACGAAGAGGAGAAGAAGAUGGAGGAGGAGAAGAAGGAGAAGAAGGAGAAGACGAAGAGGGAGAGCAAGAGGAGGAGCAAGAUAAAGCUGGAGGACAUUGUGAAAGACGGUGCAGUGACGAUGCACAGCGGCCUUUUGGUCGAUCGCGAGAUCGAGGUCGAGGUAACGGAGACCACGGCACAUCAAUGCAGCAUCGACGACGCGGUGAUUGCGUCGAUGUGA